AUGAAUGAUUUUGGAAUCAAGAACAUGGACCAGGUAGCCCCUGUGUCUAACAGUUACAGAGGGACACUCAAGCGCCAGCCAGCUUUUGACACCUUUGAUGGGUCCCUGUUUGCUGUUUUUCCCUCUCUAAAUGAAGAGCAAACGCUCCAGGAAGUGCCCACAGGCUUGGAUUCGAUUUCUCAUGAUGCUUCCACCUGUGAGUUGCCCCUGUUAACGCCGUGCAGCAAGGCCGUGAUGAGUCAAGCCUUGAAAGCAACCUUCAGUGGCUUCAAGAAGGAGCAGCACCGCCUUGGCAUCCCAAAGAACCCCUGGCUGUGGACCGAGCAGCAGGUGUGCCAGUGGCUUCUCUGGGCCACCACCGAGUUCAGCCUGGUGAACGUCAAUCUCCAGAGGUUCGGCAUGAACGGCCACGUGUUGUGCAACCUGGGCAAGGAGCACUUUCUGGAACUGGCACCUGACUUUGUGGGCGACAUUCUCUGGGAGCAUCUGGAGCAGAUGAUCAAAGGUACUGGGCUCCUGCUUGGGGAAGAGAAAUGGGGCGGAUCCGUGCUCUGUAAGCGUACGGUCGGCUUCAGAUCAUGUAAAGGGCCUGAAAAUGCCAUCGGGGUGAGUCACACAUGUGGCAGGGAUCGUAGGUUUUUUAGUCCACUGAAGUGUGCGUGUGUGUGUGUGUGUGUGUUGUCCCUCCCCUUUCCCACAGGAAGCGGACCUAUUCAGCUGUGGCAGUUUCUUCUGGAACUGCUCUCCGACAAAUCCUGCCAGCCCUUCAUCAGCUGGACCGGGGACGGAUGGGAGUUCAAGCUCGCUGACCCUGAUGAGGUGGCCCGCCGGUGGGGAAAGCGGAAGAACAAGCCCAAAAUGAACUACGAGAAGCUGAGCCGCGGCCUGCGCUACUACUAUGACAAGAACAUCAUCCACAAGACGUCGGGCAAGCGCUACGUGUACCGCUUCGUGUGCGACCUCCAGCACCUGCUGGGCUUCACCCCCGAGGAACUGCACGCCAUCCUGGGCGUCCAGCCCGACACGGAGGACUGAGGCCCCGUGGACCCCCCCCCCAGGACCCUGACAGGCGGCCUUGAUCGCGUCCGGGAGAGUCGCCGUGAAGCAGUGGCCUUAUUUCAUCUGAAACCGCGGGUUUUCCACAUCAAAAAGCGCGGUUUCUUGCUUGUAAAGCCUGCUGACUUGGAAGACGCUGUUUAUGAUGAUAUUAACGUUAGAACGGCUGAGAAAGAAGCGGCCCGCAGGCCGGGUGACAGGGACGUUCCGGCUCCCAGAGAGGCUCCAAGGAGCGAGCCUGUUUUUGGGGCAUUUUGGGGUUUGCUUUGUUGUUGUUUUUUCCGGCAUUUGCGUUUCGCCUUUGGCAGCCAGGAGCCACAAAGGCAGAAGUAGUCCGUUCGGCUCAGAGAGACACACCGGGCGGCGCAGGGAGACCGAGGCGCUGUUUCAGAAGUUAGUCUGUAUAUGACUAUAAUCUUAUCGUUGUGGUCCAAGUCCUCUAACGGCCCUAUUUAACAAAAACUGUAUAUUGUAAUUUAAGAUGCUUCUGUAAGCGGAUGUGAAACGACAGGGCAGAUGCCCAGCGUUUCCUCUGCUUUCCAAGAGCCUUCUGCGAACGCCGUGUCUGCCCGGCCAGACGAAGGAGUUGUAAAGAUGUGUAUUAUUUCCAUUUACUGUGCCUACAGGUGUAAGUUCGAAGAGGGUCAGUUCCUUGUUUGUGUUUUGCUCUGCCCGGAUUAUUAUCCGGCAAGGACUUUGUACAUUUGGGAAUUUUUAUAGAAACACUUAAUGUUAUUAUCCAGAGGCGUGUUUAGCCUCCGCUUUCUCCUUAAUUGUAAUGUAAAAGCUAUAAAGCAGUAUUUUUCUUGACAAAUGGCAUAUGUUUUCCAUUUCUGUGCAUGCCUUUAAAUCAGUUUAUACGCAAAACUUAUUUUAUUUUUUAGUUCGACUGUGUUUCCCCAACAUCUAACCUCCCCUGACCAACCGUUUCCUUCCCAGGCUCCACCUCUGUGCCCCAAAUUAUUCUGUAUGAUUAAAAUAAGAAUGCUAUUUUUGGAAAUAUGUGGCUCCUUUUCAGAGAUCAGGAGGGAUUUAUGCAGCAGCUAUUUUUACUGCAGAAGCAAUUCACUGGAAAAAAAUGUAAUUUGUAAGAAAGCUCUAUUUUUAUCUGCACGCCAUGUAAACUUAAACAUAUUGUACAGAGCUGACGGCUGGGGCCGGUGGUGGCGGGGGGACCGUCACGAAGUCUCUUGGUCAUGAACGAAACACGAUUUCUCCUGGCCUUGCUCACCUGUCCGGCUGCGGGCUGUCUGGACAUGAGGUUGUUCCUUUCUGCUCGGUCCUUUGUUCCUAUUUUCCUGGAAGCCGAAGGCCCAGAGGCAAAGAGAGGGCACAGAAAAUGGGAAGGAGAAUCCCCCGGAGGGGUCAACUUGCAGAAAUGUUUUGCUCACGAUGGAGACUUUUGUGGUUGUUUUCGAAGGAGCACCUGAGUCCAAGUGCAGUCGGGACGCUUGUAAGUGAUCAAGUCGACCUGGUUUCAGAGCCUUACAGGCUUCACUCGCAAUGUGAGAGGCCACUUGGAGCAGUGGCUGACGUCCGCAGAGAAAAGACCAUCCAUGUAAUGAGACUGUGAGACUGGGUGGCAGGGGCAGAGAGCAAUGCUGGCGCUGGGGUACUCAGUCUCAGUACCAGAGCUGGGGUACUCAGUCUCGUUACUGGAGCUGGAGGAGUCAGUCUCAGUAGUGGAACUGGAGGACUUGGUCUCAGUAGUGGAUCUGGGGGUCUCAGUACUGGAACUGGGAGACUCAGUCUCAGUACCAGAGCUGGGAGACUCAGUACCAGAGCUGGGGGACUCAGUCUCAGUACCUGCACUGGUAGACUGAGUCUCAGUACCGGUACUGGGGGACUCAGUUGAAGUACCCACACAAGACCGUUUCCAGCGUCUUUAAGCACAGGAUGUUUUCCUCAAGCGGGACGUGUUUAUUGCUCAGACAUCUGUUUAUAACGUCAACAGACUUGUGACUGGGAACAUCCUUCUGCCAAAGGGGAUCUUAGCCCCUGGCUCAUUUUAUAUGGGGUUGAACUAGGUGAAAUUGCCAAUAUUUGAUUUUUUUAGCUUACAAAGGAGGCAGUUUUGUGUGGUUCAACCUUAGUUACAGAGACCAAAGUCCAUUAUAAACCUUUGGUGUGGUCAGGAACAGAACUGAAGUAUAAAGAUUUUGUAAUCUGGCCUUUUCUCUCUCAAAUAAUAAAGUAUUUUGUUUAUAAAUA